AUGGGAGUCUAUCUGCAAAAGGUGACCGGACAAUACACCGAUCAUGGGAACUCUUCCAGUCGUCCCCUAGGCCCUGUGACGGAGUUCAUCAUUUUUGGAUUCCCAAGCCUUCAGAGAUACCCUAUGUCUCUCUUCUUCCUCUUUCUUCUUAUAUAUCUUUUCUCAGUCACAGGAAAUGGAAUUAUUUUCACUCUGGUCGUCCUGGAUUCCCGGUUACAAACUCCAAUGUAUUUCUUCGUCAGCAACUUAUCUUUUUUGGACUUGAGCUACACAUCGGUUACUGUGCCUAAAAUGUUGGCCAAGUUCUCGAUGAACUUGGACACCAUUUCCUACGCCGGCUGCUUCAUCCAAAUGUAUGUUUUUCUUUCUUUAGCCGCUGCUGAAUGUCUUCUCCUCUGCGUUAUGGCUUACGAUCGCUAUUUAGCCAUAUGCUCCCCUCUUCAUUAUUCUACUGUCAUGACCUACAGGUUGUGUCUACUCUUGUCUGCUGCAGCAUGGUUUGGUGGGUUCAUGACCCCAGUGACAUUGUUAAUUUUGGCUUUGAGGCUGCCUUUUUGCGGGCCAAAUAUUAUCCUCCAUUAUUACUGUGACCACCCUCCUUUGCUGCAGUUGGCCUGUACGGACACGUCCUUCAACGUAGCAGUCGGUUCUUCUAUUGGCGCUUUCAUACUUUUGAUAAGCUUUACUUUCAUCGUGGUCUCCUACGUCAAAAUUAUAUUGGCCAUCCUCAAAAUAGCUUCCCAUGACGGGCGCAAAAAAACAUUCUCCACGUGUGCCUCCCAUUUUGCGGUAGUGAACUUGUUUUACCUGCCGCUGAUCUUCAUGUACGUACGGCCAAAGGCCUCCUACGCUUCAGAUGUGGACUCCCUGGUAGCCAUGCUCUACACAGUAUUAACACCCAUGAUGAAUCCGAUCAUAUACAGUCUGAGGAAUAAAGAUAUUAAGCAGAGUUUUAGGAAGAAGCUUCAGUUUAAAUAA